AUGUCUGCCCUAAACUCGAAAAUAUCAGCCACGUCCCUCCAAGGAGGUUUGACGAGUUAUCCCACAACCAUGGAUCCUAAGGCCCAGCAUAAAUCAAGUGCUGUGACAUUGACUGCCACGACACCCAAGCUAGCCAAUAUCAAGAACUCUAAUGAUUCAAAUCAGUCACUUGAUGCUCCAAUAAGCUUCAAAAGGGUAUCAAAUUCAAGUACUUCGGAAUAUGACUCCAUUGAUUCAUUGCCCAAUUCGCCGAAGAACACCCCUGGCGUGUUGCGUCAGAAUACCGUCAAGAAUAAGAGUUCAUUACACAAUAUGACAAGCAUAAGUGAUUUACAAGAGAAAGUGGAUACAUUACUGUUUGGCAAAUCAAAAAUCGAAUAUGGAGAUCAGAACAAAAAUAAAAACCUUGGUGAUUUUCCAAGGAGUGAAGAAUUGUCAUUCCAGAAACUUGAUUUGGGAAUUGAGGAUAAUAGUGAAUUGGCUCUGCUGAUUUCGGCAACAGAAAAUUCUUUUAAAAAUAUUAAGAACGAUGCUCUUUCUGUUGCAAGAGUUAGAAGAUCUUUCCUUGAAGACAAACCUGACGGAUUUGAUAAUGAUUCGAUAGAUACUGAACACACGAUUGGCAGAAAACAAAUAACUUCAACAGGUAGCCACAAGCAAGACUCUUCAAAAAACCAAUUUUCAUCUCGAAAUGUCAAGAAUACAACAACAGAACAAUAUCUGGAAAUGGUUGAAAAGUCACGUACCGACAACCUGACCUCUACUAGUUCAGCACGCACUAGCGGUACCGACUCUUUCAUCAACAUCUAUAAUAAUGCCAGCUCAAUUAAACUUCCGACCCCAUCCAUAGAUGUCUACCAGAAGUUCGACUCGUUUGAUGAUGAAGAUCAAGUUCCUCCAAUGUUGGCGGGAAUUUCUGUGCCUGCCUCUGAAAAGCGCUCGAGUUCCACUAGAGUUUCUCUAAGUAAAAGUAUCUCUUCUUCAUCUAUUGCUAAAGAUGGUCAUUCAAAUUCCCCAAGAAAUGAUGUCAGAGUUUCUACUUCAAGCUCCAAGGGCCUUAGAAGCAGAGAUAACUCUUUGAGCUCUCCCAUUACCGGCAAAAGCGGUACUACAUUUUCACCACAGCUGACCAACAAUGGCUUUGGAACUCCGAAAUUAAUGUCUUCUCGCAAAACUUCCAUCAGCAGUAGUACUAAUGGCAAUUCAUCUUCUCAAAAUAGGCCAAGUCUCAACAAAAAGAAGAGCACAUUAACCAGCGUUUUCUCAUCGUUCAUAGCAAUUGCCAAGACGAAAAGUGGUGAUGAGUUUGGAAAUGUCAUCAACCCUAGCAACAGUGGUCAUUCAUAUAAUAAAUCGUUCUCUUCAUUCGCAUCACAUGAAGAUGAAGACGAAGACCCUUUCAGUACGUCUGGUAAUGAUUCCAUGAGUAAUUCGACCAUGUCUAUUUCUACUCCAUUCAAUACUCAGCAUGUAGCUCAUGUUGGGUAUGAUUCAAAAACAGGACAAUAUACUGGGCUUCCUGAAGAAUGGCAAAAACUUUUACUGGCUUCAGGUAUCACCGCAACUGAACAAGAACAGCAUCCUCAGGAAAUUUGUGACAUUGUGGAAUUCUACCAGGAUCAAUUCAAUCAAGAUCCAGACGAUACAAUCUUUAAUAAAUUUGGGAAUAGUAAAGCCAAAGAUAAAAACAGUGUUACUGCCAGUACCGAUAGUGAAAGUUUGAACGAGAUCUCCCGAGCUUCUUCGGCAAUUACUAAUGAACAAGUGCCUGUCAACUCAUCGGAGCCUUCUGAAGGCCCUGCUAACAGCAGCUCCGGUCACGAUUACACAGGGGGGCAUGAAAUCAUUCAUUUGACCCAACUCCAAGCCCAAGGAGAUACAAAACAGGGAUAUGACAGAGUUGCUACUGGCACACAAACAGGAAGUGCUCCAAGUAGCCCAGUUGCUGCCAAAUCACCAAUCAAUGCCGGUACCACCUCUUCGAUUAAGAUUUCUGGUCCAACCAAUGUGGUCAAAACCUCACUUAUUCCUAACAAAGGCACCCUCCAAAGUAUGGGUACGACAAAUCUCAGUUCUGCUACAACACCCUCGACUCAGUCCAAUAAUAUUGGCGAAAAAUCUGGAGAUAGCAAGCAAUAUAUUCCAAAUAGACCGGCUCCAAAGCCUCCUGGAAGUCAUUCUUCUGGUAUUGCUUCAACUGGAGUAAAUGCUUUCUCUAAAUCAAAGUUUGGCAGCUCCUUCGCCAAAAAAUCUAAGCUUUCAAACUCUUUGAUCACGAAUAAACCAUCUUCCAAUCCUCCUCCAAAUGCCACUCCUCCCCCAGUUCCAUCUAAAGGCCCUGAGCUUCUUAAGGCUACCAACAAGUCGAUGCAGAGAAUGGCGCAAAACGCUUCUGACUGCUCCCCUAAAGUUUCCAAGCAAGAUGUCCAAAAUCAACAUUUGUUUUAUCAGCAACAACAAAUGCAACAAAAGAUGCGUCAACAUGAGAAGAAAAUCAAGAGUGCUCAUCUCAGUGAUGCGGAACGUCGUUUGGAAGAAGCAAAAGAAAGGCUUAGAGUGCUUCAAGAACGUGAGGCUCUUGAAAGAGAACAAGAUGAGAGAAGUGCGCAACGUACCAAGUCUGGAACUAGCCAGCAUUCUAAAGGUAAUCACGCGAACGGUGGCGUUUCUCAUGACAGUGCUACUUCUUCUGCUGGUGCUGCUAACACUACUGCAGCUAUUAGCAAUCCUCAAGCUAGAAUAAAGAAAACACACCCAACCAGAGAUCCAAAACAAGCUGCGCUUGCUGCCAUGCGUAAGCGUGAAGAAAAAAAGAAGCGUAAUGCCAUCGUAUAUGCUAAGCUUAUCAAAAUUUGCUCACAAGGUGAUCCAAGAGAGUUCUACCGUAAUCUCAACAAGAUUGGCCAAGGUGCUAGUGGUGGUGUCUAUACUGCUUAUGAAAAUGGUACCAACAAGAGUGUUGCUAUCAAGCAAAUGAAUCUUGAACAGCAACCGAAAAAGGAGUUAAUUGUGAAUGAAAUCUUAGUCAUGAAGGGCUCAAGACAUAAGAAUAUUGUGAAUUUCAUUGACUCAUUCCUCUCAGAAGGUACUCUUUGGGUUAUCAUGGAAUUCAUGGAAGGUGGUUCUUUGACGGAAGUUGUUACUCACAGUGUGAUGACUGAAGGCCAAAUUGGUGCCGUAUGUCGUGAAACCCUUGAAGGGUUACAAUUCUUGCACGCCAAGGGAGUUAUACAUCGUGAUAUCAAAUCCGAUAACAUUUUGCUAUCGAUGAAUGGUGAUAUAAAAUUGACCGAUUUUGGAUUUUGUGCGCAAAUCAAUGAAACCAAUUUGAAACGUACUACUAUGGUGGGUACUCCUUACUGGAUGGCUCCGGAAGUUGUUAGCCGCAAAGAAUAUGGGCCAAAGAUUGAUAUCUGGUCACUUGGUAUCAUGACUAUUGAAAUGAUUGAUGGUGAACCGCCAUAUUUAAAUGAAACUCCAUUGAGAGCGUUAUAUUUGAUCACGACUUUGGGAACUCCUGAAGUCAAAGAACCGGAAACAUUAAGUCCGGUGUUGAAACAUUUCUUGGACUGGUCUUUGGCAGUGACUCCUGAUGAGCGUGCCACUGCAUUGAAUUUAUUAGAUGAUGAAUUUAUUUUGCAAGCCGAUGAGUGUAAAACACUUUCACCAUUGGUAAAAUAUGCAAGAUCUAAGAAAAAUGAAAAGGAUUAUUAA